AAAAAUACAAUCCCUCCAGCCUCCUCCCCAUCUCUCUCUCUCCUCUCCUCUUUGCUCCACUGAGAAACUCUCAACAGGCUCCAGAUCCCUAUCUCUCUAAUUAACUUCGUCCUCGUCUCUCUUCACUGGAGAAUAGAAGAGGGGGCGGACAAAUUAAUCAGCUAGGUCUUGGAGAUGAAGAAGAAACAUAGACUAGAGAAAAUCUUUCAGUCAGUCUUCGGUAAUCACAGCGAUGCUGAGAAUUCUGAAGCCUUGCCAAACAGGGAAGAAACUGAUAAAAAUGUGGAGAGAAUAUUGAAAAUGCUACGCACAGAAGGUAGUGACGUUGACAAGUCUGAACUAGCUUCCCUUAUUGAUAAUAUUCACAGAGGGUACCAAGUUGUCCAUGGACGCUAUGAUCAUUUAAUGGGCAAACUAAAGAAAAACAUUCGACCAAAAAGCAGUGACAAUGGAAGCUUUUCAAUUGACUUUCCCUCAUCAGACUCAGAAGACUCAGAUUCGAGUUCAGAAGAUGAUAAAAAGAAGAAACGAAAUAAGGUACAAGAAGACGAUGCAGAGCAUAUCUCUAUCCAGGAUCAUCAAAGUCUUCAGAGACAGCUUGAGGAUAUGAAGAUAAAAAAUAAUGAGCUUGAGACUGUGGCUUCUGCGAUGAGUGCAAAGCUUAAAGAAGAGCAGAGUUUAGCAGCUGAAAUGGCGGAAAGUGUUAAGACCUUACAAGCUGAAAAUGAUGGCCUGAGAAAAGAAUUAGAUGUUUCACUUAAGAAAGAGGAAGAUGUGAAUCAAAAGAUUCAAGCUUUAUACAAGGAAAAUGAAUCUCUAAGAUCAGAAAAUGCUGAAGCAUUGAACAAGAUACAUGAGGCAGGCAAAUCAAUAGAAAAGUUCCAAAUUGAACUCAAUCAGAUAGAAAAUGACAUGAAGAGAUAUAAAUCUGAAAACAGCAUCUUGAAGGAGGAACUUGAAAGGACAUCUGAAGAGGCUGCUAACUUAAACAAGCGACUGAUAUCUGUAAGUGAAGAAAAGGAAUCUUUGAGAUCAGGGAACUUUGUAUUUCUGAAAAGGAUAAAGGAAUCUGAGAAAGCUUUGGCAGCUCUCAAAGACCAAGCUGACCAGAAACUUAAAUUAGUAACUGAAGAACUGACAUCAGAGAAAACUACUUUGUCUACUGAAAAUGAGAGUCUGAAACUUAGGCUGGAAGCUGCUGCUCAGCAAGAGGCCAAUAUGACCCAGAAAAUAUCAGCUGCAGAAGAGGAGAUCAGCGUUCUGAAGUCAGAGAUCCAAAGGUCAUCUACUCUGAUCCAAGAGGCUGAGAAAACCAUUGGAGACUUGGAAACUGAAUCGAAACGUCUGAGAGAUGAGAACCUAAAACUGUUGAAUGUCAACAAUGAUUUGAACCACCAGUUGGAUGUUAAAACUGUUGAAAACGAAGCUAUGAAAACAGAACGGUUGGAAGCUGUUGAAGUGAUCCGACAAGCGGAGGAAAAAAUCUCAAUGCUAUCAGUACAAAUAGAGACACUGAAAGAUGAGAGCUCCAAAUUGUUGGUUGACAAUGGAACCCUAAAGCAAGAGCUGGAAGCAACAAAUGGUAAAGUUUCUGCCCUGAUGCAGACUUUGGAAUCAACUGAAGAUGAGAAGCAUUCGUUGGCAAUGGAAAAGUCUGCACUUAUAGACAAGAUACAUCAGGCUGAACAGGUCAUUGAUGAUCUGAAAGCUGAGACAGAGCAACAAGAAAGUGAGAAAUCUCAACUGCAUAUCAAAAUUAAUGAUCUGGCUCGAGAACUAGAAGCAGCCAAUUCCAAACUUUCUGAUCUGAACAAAGAACUUAAUGCCAAAGAGGAAGAAAAGAGUGCAUUGGCUUUGGAAAUUUCUGGGCUUAUGAUCACCUUACAGGAAAGGGACAGCAAUAAGAAAGGGCUAGAAAAUGAGCUGGAACACUUGAGAGAGGAAAAUUACAUACUACAGCAGAAUCAAAUGAAGAUUCAGGAAGCUGAGAAGACCAUAGAUGAUCUCAAGGCAGAAGUGAAGCAACUCACAACUGAUAAUUCUCAACUUAAGGCUAAUGUUAAUGAUCUGGGUCGUGAGCUUGAAGCAUCCAAUCUCCAGUUGACUGAUACAAAUAAAACACUGGUAGCUGCAGAGGAAGAGAAGAAGAUAUUAGCUUCGGAAGCUUCUACAGUCACAGAGAACCUACAGCAAGCAGAAGUAAAAGUGGGGAAACUAGGAAACGAUGUGGUGCAAAUGACUGAGGAGAUUUCUGUGCUCCUUAGCAAACUGCUGGAGGCUGAGAGAACAAUAAGUGAGCACAAGGAUGAAAUAAAGCAACUAAGAGAUGAUAAAAGUCAGUUGGAGAAGAAAAUUAGUGAACUAGGCCUUGAAUUAGAGGCGGCCAAUCUCCAGUUGGUUGAUCUGAAGAAAGUAACCGAAGCCACCGAGGAAGAAAAAAUUUCACUGACCUCAGAAAUUGAAACAAUCAAGGGUGAACUUCAGCAGGGACAGCACAAUCUGCAGACGCUAGAAGGUGAAUUAGGAAAGCUUCAAGAAGAGAAUGUCGUGCUUGAGCAAAAUCAAAGUGAGCUUCAGCGUCAAAAAAUUUAUCUGGAAGAAAAGCUACGGGAGAAAGAGAAAGAGAAAUGCAAUAUGGAAGAAAGCUACAAGGAACUCUUAGCGAAGCUUGAAGUUGCUGAAGGGGACAAGGCAGAUGAAGACCGAGAGAUUGCAAAGCUAAACCAAAAAGUCCAGAAUCUAGAAGUACAGCUCCGCCUAUCAAACCAAAAGCUUAAGAUCACAGAAACAGAAAGCAAGGAGACAGUUGAAGGAUAUAUCCGAACAAUGGAAGGAAUGAAAGCAGAACGCCAAGCAGUUGAAGAACAGAUGCUAAAAUUAUCUCGAAAGAUGAAUCUCUUGGGAACUGAGGUUAAGCAGUUGAAAGAAGUAGCGGAGUCUGGGAUUUCAGACUUAGCCAAAGGAUACAAUGAGCUAGAGUCCGCUUUCGAAGAGAGCAGUGGCCACAUCUUAAAGCAGUUAUCUAUAUGUAGUGAAGAGCUGAAUGCACUGAAGAAGUGGGUCACUGAGCUGAAAUAUGAGAAACAAGAGCUCUCAGUGAGACUGAAGUACAAGGAAGGGAUUAUGUCGAUGAUGAAAGAUGAAUCAGAGAGCAUCGGAGAUAAACUGAGUAAAAAGGAGCAAGAGCUGGCUGUACUGAGAGCACAUGCAAUCAAGUGUGAGGAGAGGAUGAAAGUGCUGGAGGAGAUGUUGAGGGAGAAGAAAAAGGAGGUAUCAGAUAAAGAUGAAGCAAAGAGAGAGGCUAUAAGGCAGCUGUGCUUGCUUAUUGAAUACCACCGUGAAAACAGCGAAAAUCUCUACAAACACCUCUCUUCAGUACUCAAAAGGAGCAGACGAUCUUCGUGAGCUUGAAUUUUUUUCUUCUUCAACUUCGACCUCUGUUUGUGUUCGACAUGUACAGAAGGAUGGAGACUGGUGUCUCUAAGCUUUGAUAGCUGUGAGCAUUCAGUAAGUUUCUAUAUUGGAAUUCAUUUAUUGCUUUGAUUUUCUAAGUAGUUUGUGGGUAUUAUAGAAAGUUUUGUUGCUAAUAAACUCAAUAUUGAGAAUUUUUAUGUC